CAAUAUAAUAAGUUUUAUAUAAUAAUUUUGCUUAUAAAUAAAAGACGAAAAUUAUACUUUUAACAUUGAAAACAGUAAAGAAUUUACCGAUCAAUAUUUAUUCUCAAUAAAUUCAAUUCAAAAAAAAAAUUUAUUCUCAAUAAUCUCCAGGGCUUCCCCGCGCACAGCCGUUUGCCCGCCGCCGACAACCGCCUUCGAAAGCCCGAUACCUCGUCGGCCGUCUGCAUCAUUCCAUAAGUGUUGGAUAUUCACUGAAGAUAGUUAGUAUUGUUGAGAAACUCGUUAAGUUUUUAAGAGCACAAAAGAAGUGAUAUGGAAGAGCAAUUUAUACUGAGAGUCCCACCAUCUGUUGCCGAAAGAAUAGAGCGGCUCUUAAACGACUCUGCUUCUUCUUCUGAAGACAAGUCGUUGGAUUUGUCGUUUUCUGAUGAUGGAAGGACUGGCACAUUUUCUGUAGGCAGUGACCGUUUCUCUGCAUCCCUUUUGGAUCUUCCCACAGUUGUGGAGUCGUACAAAACUUACGACGACAAUGUGUUGAUCAAAACUGCAGACAUUGGUCAAAUGAUAAUGGUGAGUGAAGAGGGUGACAUUGUCCCAGAAGCAGUGGAGUAUAGACAUGGACUUACUCCACCUAUGAGGGAUGCUCGAAGGCGGAGGUUUCGUCGAGAGCCUGAUUUGAAUCCUGAGGUUGUCCGUCGUGUAGAGAAAGAUUUGCAGAACAUCAUGGCUGGUGGAACAGCCGAGAAUUUCGGCGUUGAAAUGGCUGAGCCAGAGGAAUAUGGUGAUGAAAAUUCGCGUAGUGCCACCACUAAGAAAGUGGUUUCUGCACCUUCGACAAAGCCUGACGUGCCUGAAGCUAGUACGGCUGGUGGUGAGCCUGAAGGAAGUGAUUCGGAUGAGUCUGAUGAUUCAAUGUGAAUCAAGAGUCAGUGGAAAUUGGAUAUAUCUUUACUGAAUUAUUUUUCUUGUGAAGUGGAUCUAUUAUGGCAUAUUGCUUAUUAAAUGUCAUAACCAGACUUUUCGUUUGUUGAUCCUUUUUCUAUUGAAGUUUCAGCAUGUUGUAUCGUAAUAUACGUGUCUAUAUCGUAAUUUUGGACUGUUUAUUGUCAUUUUUUUAUUUGAGAAAUCGAAAGGUUCCUUAAAUUA